CAUACACAGCAAGCCCAAACAAAAGACACCUUGUGGUGGAGAUCUAUUUUCUCCACGCUCCACUUGCACUCCCAGCAAAGAAAAUAAAAAAACAAGAAACCGAACGAACCCAUUAAGUUAUCUAUCGAGCAUAGCUAGCACUUGUUCUCCUUCCCUUCCCUUCCCUUCCCGGCCCGUUUCGCCGGAAAACCCAUUUCCCGGUCCCAUAAGUUUAGUUGUUUACUAUUUGCAUACAAACAUAAUACUACUACAACCUACACAAAUAGAGUUGCACCACAUAGUGCAACGUUGAAUUAUUACCUCCGGGGGGAUUUUUUUUUUGGUGUGUAAUUUGUCAGCUGUUUCUUUUUGGGAUGCUGGCUUUGUCACCGUUGAGGUGUUGCAGCGCUAAAGAUGAAAAGGAGGGAGAAGCACUACUGGAGAGCUUUAUGAUGGGAGGAAAUGAAUUCCAGAGUUUUUGUAGUGGUAGUAAUUUGCUAGAGAGUAUCGACUUCGAUGACCUCUUCGUGGGAAUCGACGAUGGCGAUGUGUUGCCUGAUUUGGAAAUGGACUCGGAAAUGUUUUCCGAGUUCUCGAUUUCCAGUGGCGGCGAGGAACUGGAGGCUCAGGAGAAAAUAGACGGUUCUAAAAAGGAGGAGGAAGAUAGAGUCUCCGGUUCGGAAAUCGGGUGCAAGAGGGAGGAAUCUGUCCGCGUAAAUUCGUCGAAGAAGGCGGGCGAUAAAGGGAGGAAAUCAUCGGGGCAAUCCAAGAGCUCUCACGGGAAAAGAAAAGUGAAGGUGGACUGGACGCCAGAGCUGCACAAGAGAUUUGUGCAAGCAGUGGAGCAACUGGGAGUGGAUAAGGCAGUUCCUUCAAAGAUUUUAGAGAUUAUGGGAAUUCAUUGUCUCACUCGCCAUAACAUUGCUAGCCAUCUCCAAAAAUACCGAUCGCAUCGGAAACAUUUGCUAGCUAGAGAAGCCGAGGCGGCAAGCUGGAGCCAUAGACGGCAAAUGUACGGUGGCGCGGGUGGAGGUGGAACCAAGAUUAAUGCGAGCCCAUGGCUUGCACCAACAAUGGGCUUCCCUCAAAAUCCAAUGACACCCUUACAACAUGUAAGACCUUUACAUGUUUGGGGGCAUCCCCCGGCUGAUCAGCCCUUAAUGCGUAUGCAGCCGCCAACGCAGCCACCACCGACGGCUGCAUGGGCAUCAACCCUGCAUCCUCCUCCAGCACGACCACUGCCGGACCAUUCAUUUUGGCAUUCACACCGCAAAAGAGUAAUUCCAAUUCCUCUUACCCCAGGAACACCUUACUUUCCACCACCACUGGCAACACCGAGAUUUCCGGCAGUAGCAGUGGUCCCUGGGAUUCCACCACCCCAUGCCAUGUUGUACACAGCAGUAGACCCGGGCCGGGCUGGCCCCAUUGGUGUCCCCGCUAGACAAUCCGGUCCCCACCCUCCAUUCCUCGAAUUUCAUCCGUCGAAGGAGAGCAUUGAUUCAGCUAUUGGAGAUGUUUUAUCACAGCCAUGGCAGCCACUCCCUCUUGGUCUAAAACCACCUUCUCUCGACAGUGUCAUGGUGGAACUUCAACGUCAAGGAAUUCCCAAAAUACCCCUCCAUUUGUGAAGCUUGAUUUCCAAAACAGAAAGUCUAUCCCCAGCGCUCGAAUAUGGUUCACCACUUUUUUCACCGCUCUCAAUCUCACUUUAGGAUGGUCCGUCCGGAUUUUAAAAGAACCCUUUCCUGGAAGAGUUAUGUUAAAAUUUGGACUAUUAAUUGCCGAGAUGGUCGGUGUGAUUAAACGCUGCGGUGGGGAGAGCGGUGAAACAGAACAAUGGGGCUAAAUCAUAGAAAUUAAAUUUGACGACAUUUCCUACAUUAAUUAGAUGUACCCAUCCAAUCUAAAUCUCCAGCAUUUCACCAACCUCCUUUCGUUAUCCGAGUACGUCUCGUUUCUCUUUCCCUCGUGUAAGAACUUCAUGUAUGAGGCCAUGUAAUCUUGUAAUAGUUGUUAUCAGUGUGAGGCAAACAAAAAAAAAAGGUGAUAUUACGAGACUAUAUUAUCAACAGGCCUCUUGGAUCGGCAUUCUCGAAUAAUAGACCAAUGGAAGCAAUUUUUAU